ACGUACGAGAUUACCUGGAUCUCUCCCACACUUCCCAAAACUAGACCUAUUAAAAUGACAAUACCUGCCUAAUCAAUCCCUAAUAAAUGACAAAAUAGUCCAAAUAAAUGACGAAUUAAUAUUUUCCACUUAAUUAACAAAAUCCUACGGCUUAAAUCAGCACUAACCCAAAUAUCCGACGGUUUCGAUCAACAAUAACCUUAAUCCGUGCCUAUCAAAUUGCAGGGAAUCACGAUCGCUCUCUUUCCAAACAAUCACCUAUGAAUACAAAACCUCAAACUUCAUCAAAACCUCAAUCUUCUUCUCUACCACAACGCCGAUCUCCAGAUCCAAAGAAAAAAACAAUGGCACCACCCACAAAAGCAGGAAAGAAACCAGUAGCAGAGAAGAAACCAGUAUCAUCAUCACCAGCAGAGAAAAAACCAGCAGAAAAAGCACCACCAAAACUAGUAGGAAAAGAUGGAUCAUCAGAUAAGAAGAAGAAGAAAGCAAAGAAAUCUAUUGAGACUUAUAAGAUAUACAUAUUCAAAGUAUUGAAACAAGUGCAUCCUGAUAUAGGUAUAUCAAGCAAGGCAAUGGGAAUUAUGAAUAGUUUUAUUAAUGAUAUUUUUGAGAAACUUGCACAAGAAGCAUCAAGAUUAGCUAGGUACAAUAAGAAGCCUACUAUUACUUCCAGGGAGAUUCAGACUGCUGUUCGUCUUACUUUGCCUGGUGAAUUGGCUAAACAUGCUGUUUCUGAGGGUACUAAAGCUGUUACUAAGUUUACUAGUUCUUAAUUAAGAUUUUUAUCUAUUUUAUAUAGGGAUUCAUGAAUUUGGGAAUAGUGUGGUUAUGAUUUUUGAGAGUUUGAUACAUUUCAUGGCUUUCUUGGUUAUGCUUAUGAUUAUUUACUUGCGUUUCUUGAUUAUUGAAUAAAUUAUUUUUUCUUAA